AUGAACAAAAAGCAGUUGCUCCCGUGUGAGCUGGCCUUGCAUAUCUUGGGUUUCUUGGAUGCCGCUUCGCUGCUUCAGAUGACGUGUGUGUCUCGUCACUGGAAGCUGUUGAGCGAUGAUCAACGAUUGUGGCGUCAGCUUUUUCAUGCAAAUGGAUGGAAGUCGAAUCAAAAAGCAAUGGAAAAUUACCUGCGAUCAUCUUGCCAAAUAUCGAAACCUUCCCACGAACGGUUUAUCAAUUGGCGACGAUUGUACCACAAUCGAACGUGCAUUGAACGACGAUGGCGCGAAGGCAAAUGCAAAAUGCGCGUGUUCCCGCCCGAGAAUCAUCGAGGGGAUAUGCACAUGGAAGGGAUUUACUGUAUUCAGUACGACAAUGAUAAAAUCGUCAGUGGAAGUCGCGAUCACACCAUCAAAAUCUGGGACAUGCGUACGGGUGAAUGCCGAAAAACGCUGUAUGCCCACACACGGAGUGUGCUGUGUCUCCAAUACGACGACGAAUUUCUGUUCAGCGGCAGCAGCGACACAACGAUCAUUCAAUGGAACAUCCGUACAGGCCAAAUUGUACGAACCUUGCGAGGGCACAGCGAAAGUGUGCUGAACUUGCGAUUUCAAAAAGAUCAAAUGGUCAGCUGUUCCAAGGAUAAAACCGUCCGGAUUUGGAACUUGAAAACCGGUACCGUAUCGCGAGUGCUGCGCGGACAUCGUGCGGCGGUCAAUGCGGUGCAGUUCAAAGGUAACCGCGUGGUGUCGGCGUCCGGUGAUCGAGCCAUCAAACUGUGGGAUAUGGAAACGGGCAAAUGCUUAAAGACGUUUGAUUCUCACACUCGCGGGAUUGCUGGUUCGAGCGAUCAAACCAUCAAAAUAUGGAACGCAGCCACGGGCGAGUGCUUGCACACGCUCAUUGGGCACAUGGCUCUUGUCCGGUCUUUGCAAGUAGAUGCCAAUACGGAUCGCAUCGUGAGCGGAAGCUACGACAGCAGUCUCAAAAUAUGGAGCUUGAAGCAAGGAUGUCUGGUUCGCAGUGUGAGCCAAGCCAUCGAAGGCCGCAUUCUGAAUGUGCAGUUUGAUUUUGCAAGAAUUGUCUGUUGUUCCAAUCUUGGCAAAAUCGUGAUUUAUGACUUUUCGCAUGGUAUAGAUACCCAAUUUCUAUUGUAA